UCUAACACCAUCUCACCAUCUCUCCUCGUCUUAAAGCAUUUGUCUCUCGCUUCUUCUUCUAUUGUCGACUGUCCGGUAUCAUCUAUAUUCUCCUCCUCCCGCUCGUUGCAGAAACUUCUACAAAGCGAAGAAAAUGGCGACGCCGGAGAAACAGGUUGUGGUGAUCGGAAUCGACGACAGUGACCACAGCUUCUACGCGCUUGAGUGGGCUCUCGACCAUUUCUUUGCUCCGUAUGCUCCCAAUUUCCCUUUCAGUCUCGUCAUUGUCCACGCCAAACCUUCUCCCGCUUCCGCCAUCGGACUUGCCGGUCCUGGGGCUGCCGAUGUUCUGCCGUACGUUGACUCCGAUCUCAAGAAGAUUGCCGCUAGGGUUAUAGAGAAGGCUAAGGAGAUCUGUCUCAGUAAAUCGGUGAAUAAUGUGAUGCUGGAAGUUGUGGAAGGUGAUGCAAGGAAUGUUCUCUGUGAGGCUGUAGAGAAACACCAUGCCUCCAUGUUGGCUGUGGGUAGUCACGGUUAUGGAGCUAUAAAAAGGGCUGUUCUGGGCAGUGUAAGCGACUAUUGUGCUCAUCAUGCUCACUGUAGUGUGAUGAUUGUGAAGAGGCCUAAGCACAAGCACUGAGCUGCAUGUGUGUGCGCUUUAAUUGAGUGAACAAACAUAGCCGUUGAUAUACAAGAAGUACGAGUGCCGUAUGUUAAAGUGCCUUGAAUUGUUUGAAUGCUAUUCUGCUCUACUACUAUUCAAUUUCAAGCAGCUGAAACCAAACAAUAAUGAUCCCGUGUAAUAACAGGCAUUGCCUAUUUAUCCUAUUCAGGACUAUAUAUGACGAUUUAUGGCUUCUCA